GGCGGCGCCGGCCUGGCUUCCGGGAGGAGCCGCAGCGGGGCAGCGGGACGGCGGCGCCGAGCAGGAUGUUGGUGUUAGUGUUGGGUGAUCUUCACAUUCCACAUCGAUGCAACAGCCUCCCAGCCAAGUUCAAAAAACUGCUGGUUCCUGGAAAGAUCCAACACAUCCUCUGCACGGGAAACCUCUGCACCAAGGACACCUAUGACUACCUCAAGACUCUGGCUGGGGAUGUUCAUGUUGUCAGAGGGGACUUUGAUGAGAACCUGAAUUACCCUGAACAGAAAGUUGUUACUGUUGGACAGUUCAAAAUUGGGCUGAUUCAUGGGCACCAGGUUAUUCCCUGGGGUGAUAUGGCCAGCCUGGCACUGCUACAGAGGCAAUUUGAUGUGGACAUCCUAAUUUCAGGACAUACACACAAAUUUGAGGCAUUUGAACAUGAAAACAAGUUCUAUAUCAAUCCAGGAUCAGCUACAGGAGCCUAUCAUGCCUUAGAGAACAACAUCAUUCCUUCAUUUGUGCUGAUGGACAUCCAGGCUUCCACAGUAGUGACAUAUGUCUAUCAACUCAUUGGAGAUGAUGUGAAAGUAGAAAGAAUUGAGUACAAAAAAUCUUAAAUAUGUCUUUGCUUGUCUGGUACUUUUACCAUCUCAUCCUGAACUGCAAGUUACCACAAGACUUGAUUGCUAGUUUACAGCCCUCCACUUACUGCUAACAGCUUAACAAUGUAGCUUCUCCACAAUGAGUUUAAAACAACAUUGUGUUUGCUUUUCUCUGUAUGAAUUGAUUUGUAAAAUAUUCCAUUAAAAUAACUGUUUAAGUACUGUUCCUUAAUGCUGUAAUAAACUCCACUUGGUAGAAAA